UAAGAUGGGGUGGGUGUGUCCAGCAGCUGGAAGAGGAGCUUGUAAGGCACAGAAGGAGGAGGAGGGCGGAAGACUGCCCUGCGGUUACCGGUUCCAGGUGGAUUUAGGAGUGAGAUUUCUCUGAGGAAAGGCCGGCAGGGAAACAGGCUUUCUCACCUAGGUGGUUAGAGUCGGGCGUUACCACACAACCCCACCAGAUGGCUGUGGAUGGGCCUAGAAGAAAGGCAGUUGGAGGGGUUGGGGAUUUAGCGCAAGGCCCUGGGUUCGAUCCUCAGCUCCAAAAAGAAAAAAAAAAAAAAGCAAGGCAGGUGGAAUAGGGAGAAUGAUGUCAAUGUGGGAAGGACGAGGGCGGGGGCCUGGCAUGCUGGUGGAGAAGUCGGUGAAGCCUCAAGCCUUGGGGUAAUCCUUGGGGUAAUGACCCGAAGGAACCUGCCUUUGGAGAUUGGCAGGGAAGUGGGCGGGACGGGGGAGCUGAACAGGGUCUGCUUGGGAAACUAACUGUGGGGGAAGUAGGCGGGGCUAGGAGGGUGAAUGACGUGGGAAUCCAGAACUCCGAGCAAGUGGAUGGCUGGGGAAGUGGGCGGGGCGUAGAGAGAAUGACAAGGCCGCUGGGAGGGACUGAGAAAGCAGGCAGGCAAGGCCCGGGAGGAUGAUCGCGGAAAGUGAGCGGGGCCUAGGGAGAAUGAAGGAGCCAUUGGGAGGGACUGCGAAUGAAGGUGGGGAAACUGAGGCACCAAGAGCUGAAGGAAUUUACUAAGGAGGUGGGGCUGGAAUUUGAAUCUGCUCUAUGUGGCUUACAUGUGUGUGGGGUCCUGCCCCACCUGGAACUUAGGUCCCCCAAGAAGGGAGACCUGGAACCGAGGAAAGUUGCUGCGCGUCCAGCCGCUGCUGAGCUCCCCUCGGAUGCUGCGUUCCUCGCAGACACCAAGCGCUCAGUGGAUGCCGAGCACCCUGAGGAUGCUGCGGGCCCCACGGUUAGUGUUCGGGACCCCGAGGCACGCGCGUGGCCGCCCGCCCCGCGCUCGUAUUCCCGCUGCCAGCUGCUCUACGGGCUAGGCGCCUUGGUGGUGGUGCUGCUCGUCAGUGGCCUGAUCGCUUUCUUCACCCUCAUCUCGACCCUGCCGGCGCUCAUAAUCACCACCUCGUCUCCCCUGAGGACCCUAGAGAAGACUCCAAACCUGACAGGCACCCAUGUUCCCUACACUGGCUGCCCCAACACUACAGGGCAGGGGUGUCCGGUGUUCGCCAAGCUACAGGCUAAAAACCAAGCAUUGCUGGAAAAUAGGACCCUGAGUUGGCACAGCCAAAGUGGAGCCGGGAGCUCGUACCUGUCCCAGGGUCUGAGGUACGACAAGGAGCAACAGGAGUUGGUGGUGGACAAAGCUGGGCUCUACUUUGUGGUCUUGCAACUGAAGCUCAGUCCAGUGUCCAAAAACAUGGAGCACGAGGUGCGGGGCCAGGUCUCUCUUGUUCUGCAGCUGGAUCCCCAGGUAGAUGACCUUGACAGCUCAGCCCUGACUGUGGACCUGUCCCCUUGCUCCAUGGAGGCCGACUUAGUGGAGGGUUCCUGGAGUGACCUGAUACUCCUGAAGGCUGGCCACCGCCUCAGUGUGAAUCUGAGGGCCUAUCUACAUGGAGCCCAGGAGGCAUACAAAGACUGGCAGCUCUCUCAGACUAAUUUCACCAGCUUUGUCCUCUUCCGUGUGGAACCCGACACUCCACGGGAAUUGUCAUCCACACAAUAGCGGCACAUGGGUGCUGCCAGCCACCCUUCUUGUGACCCUUGGUUGCUGAGACCCCAAGCUGCUAUAUCUCAUGGGGCUUGAGCAGGGGUCCCCUCUUCCAGGACUCUCCCCAUUCCCUGUCCUUGACUGGACUCAGUAUUUAUUGUGAGCAGAGCUCAGACAACACUUUAUAUAAUUCAUCGGACAGCAUUAGAAAACUACUGGUGUUAUCAAGAAGCCAGCCAUUGAAAACCCCCAAAGGAAACUCUCUAUUUAUAUUAAUUAAUAUGUGAGAAAUAAAUGUAUUUGUAAAUAA